AUGGCGCCCAAAGCUAUUGUUGCACCCUCGAUCCUGGCGGCCGACUUUGCCGACCUCGGCGCAUGCUGCUCACGCACAAUUUCUCAAGGAGCCGACUGGCUUCAUGUUGACAUUAUGGAUGGACACUUCGUGCCCAACAUCACGUUUGGGCCGGGUGUCGUGAGCAAGAUCCGCGGCCAUGUCACCAAGCCCUCUGAGAAGGACGGCAAGGGAACCUUCGAUUGCCACAUGAUGAUCUCAGAACCUAAGAAGUGGGUUAAGGAGUUCAAGGACGCCGGCUGCGAUCUUUACUGCUUCCACUACGAAGCCGCCUUCUCCUCCAACGCCGAGAGGCCCGAGGACAAAUCCGACGAGACGACGAAUCCCAAGGCUCUGAUCCGCUACAUUCACGAGCAAGGUCUUCAUGCUGGUAUCGCGAUCAAGCCUGCAACGCCUGUUGACGUUCUCUGGGAUAUUCUUGAGAGCGAGGACCCUCUCGAGAGACCCGAAAUGGUCCUCGUCAUGACGGUCGAGCCCGGCUUCGGCGGGCAAAAGUUUAUGGCCUCUGAGCUGCCCAAGGUUCAAGCCCUGCGCGAAAAGUACCCAGACCUCAACAUUGAGGUCGAUGGUGGUCUCGGAGCCGGCACCAUUGACCAGGCAGCCGAUGCUGGUGCGAACGUCAUUGUGGCAGGUAGCGCUGUGUUUGGCGCAAAGGACCCGUCAGAGGUCAUUUCAAUGUUGAAGUCGGCCGUGGAGAAGAGGAUUGGCAAGCUCUGA